GAUGCAAAGGUUUCUCCGUUCCUGGUCACGUUGAGAGUGUGUUUUGACUACGUAGAGGAUUGCCCUUCUCUAUCCGCCAGUUGGAAAGGGAAGAAGAGAGGCAGAUCAUCACUCACAGGCAGGAUCCUCGAUGAUCCAGAUGCUCAGCUAGAGGGCAAAGAAAACUCAUGUGGGCAACAAGCAAAUUGGCGCUACGUCUAUGGCUUGAUAGAAUGCGAUUCUUCUGCAUGCCACCUAGGCCCUUACUGCUGGCUGGACCUAGUAGGGAAGAAGCAUUGUCGAAUUCGUAUAGACAACUUCGAGCGAUUGGUGAACUGGGCUGAGGAAGGUGGUGUUCUCGAGACACGUAAAGAUGUUCAUGAUGUAAUCGGGGAUGACCUUUAUACGGAGCAGCAGCGACAGGAGGAAGACAAGCGCAAAAGCGGUAAAAUUAUCAGCGGUAGACCGUAUCCACCUAUCAACAUCAAUGUUCUGCCUUAUCACUCUGCUGGAUUGGAUGUGAUGGGUUCCAGUGCCAUUACUGACCCAGGCAUUCACCACGGAAGAAAACUAUCACAUCUCCCCCGCGGCAAAAGUCCACCAAAAUACUCUACUGCGGAAGAAAUCGCCGAGAUUGUACGACAAAUUGGCCGACAGCAGAGAGAAAACGCAUGUCUUCGAGCCUGCUGCCUCCUUUUCAAGCACCUUCACGACAAGACCGAAGAAGGGCGUGAGGAUCUGCUACGUCUUCACCAAUAUGGUACUACAGCUUCAUCUGACGACGAGUUCUUCCCCGUGGGCCAAGUCACACAUGAGCUGCGAAUUUCAGUACACGUCCAAUGUUGA